CCAGCCUCAGCCUCCCCAGUAGAUGGGACCACAGGAUCCCAGGCCCAUGAGCGGGACAAACCAGUCGAGCGUCUCCGAGUUCCUCCUCCUGGGACUCUCCAGGCAGCCCCAGCAGCAGCAUCUCCUCUUUGUGCUUUUCCUGAGUAUGUACCUGGCCACCAUCCUGGGGAACCUGCUCAUCAUCCUGGCUGUCAGCACAGACUCCCGCCUGCACACCCCCAUGUACUUCUUCCUCAGCAACCUGUCCUUUGUGGAUGUCUGCUUCUCCUCCACCACCAUCCCCAAGAUGCUGGCCAAUCACAUACUCGGGACUCAGACCAUCUCCUUCUCUGGCUGUCUCACACAGAUGUAUUUCGUUUUCAUGUUUGUGGACAUGGACAAUUUCCUCCUGGCUGUGAUGGCCUAUGACCGCUUUGUCGCUGUGUGCCACCCCUUACAUUACACAGCAAAGAUGACCCAUCAGCUCUGUGCCCUGAUGGUUGCUGGAUCGUGGGUGGUUGCCAACCUGAAUGUCCUUCUGCACACCCUGCUGAUGGCUCGACUCUCAUUCUGUGCAAACAAUGCCAUCCCUCACUUCUUCUGCGAUGUGACUCCCCUCCUGAAACUCUCCUGCUCGAACACACACCUCAAUGAGGUCAUAAUCCUUAGUGAGGGUGCCCUGGUCAUGAUCACCCCAUUUCUUUGCAUCCUGGCUUCCUAUAUGCACAUCACCUGCACUGUCCUGAGGGUCCCAUCCACAAAGGGAAAGUGGAAAGCCUUCUCCACCUGUGGCUCUCACCUGGCUGUGGUUUUCCUCUUCUAUGGCACCAUCAUUGCUGUGUAUUUUAAUCCUUUGUCCUCCCACUCAGCUGAGAAAGACACUAUAGCUACCGUGUUGUAUACAGUGGUGACCCCCAUGCUAAACCCUUUCAUCUACAGCCUGAGGAACAGGUCCUUGAAAGGGGCUUUGAAAAAAGUAGUUGGCAGGGCGGUGUUUUCUGUCUGAUGAAAUAAUCAAGACUGAAUCUCAUUCCCAAGGAAAUUUAUUUUUCACCAAUUGAGUUUAAUGCAGUAGUUGUUGCAUUAAAUGAUGUUCUUGCUAGUGGCACAUAGAGGGAGAUCUUAUUACUUACACUAAGUUAAACUAUUAAUUAUAAUUUUUUUGAGACAGGGUCAUGCUCUGUCACUCAGGCUGGAGUGCAGUGCCGCA